GGUGUUUUAAGUGGCCAUGAGAAAAAAGAAAAAAGUAGGUGAGCGGGUAAUUGUGGGAUAUGAUACGAUGAUAUAGUGGAAAGGACGAGUAUACCCUGGUAGUGGAUAAAGGGUUUGUACAAGGAAGGGGAGCGAGCAACAAUGGCGUCCGUUACAUCCUCAGCUUUCCUGUUGCCGUCCGUCAGCCACAACAAAUGCUGGUCGUCGGCGCUGCGGAGGAAUCCCAAAAAACUUAUAGUUCGUGCCGCACGAACCGAAUCCAAAGGCGUUUCCCUGGGCUCCAGAGCUCCUCAUUUUGAGCUGGAGGAGCCGCUCUCCGGAAAUAUGUGGAAGUUAGACGACUUUGAAUCUUAUCCUGCAUUACUGGUUAUGUUCAUUUGCAAUCACUGUCCAUUUGUUAAGCACUUGAAAAAGGACAUUGUCAAGCUUACAAACUUGUACAUGAAGAAAGGGCUUGGAGUAGUUGCAAUAUCAUCAAACUCCAUAGUCACUCACCCACAGGAUGGACCAGUUUUCAUGGCAGAAGAUGCAAGAACUUUUAAUUAUCCAUUCCCAUACCUAUAUGAUCCUUCACAAGAUGUUGCAAGAGCUUAUGGAGCUGUUUGCACACCUGAGUUUUACCUCUUUAAAAAGGACGGGCGCCGACCCUUUGAGCUUGUAUAUCAUGGUCAGUUUGAUGAUUCACGACCAAGUAAUAAUGUUACCGUCACAGGGAGGGACUUGAGCUUAGCAAUAGACUGUGUUCUAAGUGGUCAACCGGUACCCCCAAAUCAAAAGCCAAGUGUUGGAUGCAGCAUAAAGUGGCAUGCCGAUGGAAAAGUUUAAUUUGGAUUGUUGCUUCCAGCUUCCUCAUGGACAUAUUGUGCAUGUAAUGAAGCCUUGAGAUAUCGAGUGGUUAAAAGGUGUACGAAAUACACAUUUGAUGAAUUAGUAUUGUUGUUGAAAUGUGCAAAGAGAGGGCAAGACUUGUUAUCAUACCCAUGAUACUCGGUUGAUGGCGAUGUUGAAUUUGCAAGUUAAUUUAUUUGUGAUUAUAUUAAACUUGAAUGUACAAAAUAUAUUUAUUGAUGUGUUGUUGAAGGGUUGAUGGCA